AUGAUCAUGGAAGGUUCUAAGGGUAGAUGGAUCCGUACUUUCCAAUGGUAUGAGCGGCUGCGGGAUGUUAUCAAAGAUGAAGCUGGAAGAUGGCUUUUCGAAUUUAACAGCAAAUUUUCAGCGGUUCCCUCAGUUAUGGCCGAGCUGAUAGCCAUCAUUCAGGGACUAAACCUCUGCUGGUCAAAGGGGUACAGAAACGUUGUGUAUUCAGAUUGUCUUGAAGCCACAGACUUUCGUACCAAGGGUACUGAUUGUAAUUACCUUUUUAUAGAUCUAGUAGAUGUUCGGGUGUUUGGCACCCUCAAAGGGAUUGACAGUUCCUUUCACAUUUUCUAUUCUUCAACUCUCAACACCGACGUUGUUCGCUUCAGUGAUUCAAUAGACAACAAAAUCGUCAUCGCCACUUAUUCCAAUUCCAUCCUCUCUUCUGCUCUCUCCUCAAAGUUUCAGCCCCAAACUAUACUCAUUUCUCUAAUGGAAGAUGCGCCUUCUUCUUCUUCACCUUCAACUUCUCAGCUUCAAGCGGAGGAAGCUAAUCCUGACUCUGACAACUCAAAUGAACAGAAUCAUCAACCACUUCAUUCUUUGUUUUAUAGGGUUGACAUUUCCAUGGCCAAUCCACAUCUUGCUUCUAUCAGGGAUGAUGUCUGGUCUUGCCUCAUCAUUCUCGUCACUCUCUGGUUGGUCGCAACAAUGGGUCUGGUUCUGGGGAUUUAUGGAACAACAACGUUGGAAUUAGGUCCUUACUCCUCAGUUUUAGUACAAGUCAACUCAAUGUUUGUACAGUCUAUCAAGGUGGAACAAAUUGAUGAACCAAAACAUGGGAUAAUGCUAUAUGGAUUGGAUGAAGCACCUGCGCUUGAUGAUCUCAAAACCAAUUGGUCUGGGUCAUAUAAUGGAUCUGUACCACACAAUUUUUACAAGGAAUGGAUAUUCUACCUCAACAAACAGUCUCAGUUAGAUAUCUUUUACAAUGUUAAGUCCCCAAGAUUUUCACAUUUGUCUCUUGUUAUUGCUCAAGGUAGAGAAGAGCUUUAUGGGUGGAUAGAGAAGCCCACGUUUCCUAACAGAACAUUAUAUUGGAAUAUUAUUUAUGGUAAGAACAAGAUCAGCCAGAAAAUAUCAGAUCCAUUUUCUUAUUAUGUAGGACUUGGUAACUUAAACUCUGAAGAUGUGGAGGUAGAAUUGAAGUUCAGUGUGAGGUCAGUUCAGUAUAAUACAAGCAGUGCAAGCAGCAGAUGUUCACCAGAUAGCAGUUUGUGUAGAUUAGAUCUUUAUCUCUCACAGCCUGGUUCUUUAGUAUUGACUACUCCACCUCCUUCACAGGGAAAUUUUGAGGAAGAAUGGUUUCAUGUGAAACUGUCCUAUGCACCAAGGUGGAUCACUUACUUUGUAGCAUCAGGUAUGAUGACUGCACUGAUCUUCUUGCUCUUGAGAUGCUGCAAUGUGUUCCAAAGAUAUGGGUCAUCAAACAUGGAAAGCUUCCAACAAGUUCGUGUAGUUUCAGAAAGAGCUCCAUUGCUGGCUAGCAUCAGGAACGACGGCGUUUCGAGCUUGGGUUCAUCUUAUGAGUCUUUCACUAGUGAGGAAGAAGAUCUCACAGAGUGGCUUAAAGGGAAGCCAUUGAUGAAGGAAGGAGAAGGUGAUAAUAAUAGUAUGAAGCAUUUGUGUGUGAUUUGUUUUGAUGCUUCAAGGGAUUGCUUCUUUCUUCCAUGUGGCCAUUCUGCAGCCUGCUUUCAUUGCGGAACAAGGGUUGUUGAUGAAGCCAGUCCUUGUCCUAUAUGCAGAAGGAAAAUUAAGAAAGUACGAAAAAUUUUUACGGUUUGAUUAAAAUCUUCUGUAUAUAAAUGUACAUUGUACCAAUAUUAAUUAUAAAAUUGAAAGGUUGGAUUUGCGGCUUACUUAA